AUGAUCGACCUCAAAAGCUUCUUCCCGACAAUAACAGCGUUCAUCGCAUUCAUUAUCACACUUUGCUGUCUCUUCGCGGGAACACAAAAGAACCUCCUCGACAAUGUCAAUCUACUCACACUCUACACCCCCGAAGGCUCCUCUCCCUCCCCCUACUUCACCACCACCACAACAACCACAUCACCAGCCCACACAUUCUACUCCGUCCACAUAAUGUCCUACUGCCAAGGAACCCUCGGGCCCCUACCCCCAGGCGCAACAGACCUCUACGGCACACGGAACGUAACAGCCUGUUCCAACCGAACAAUUCUCUUCGCAUUCGAUCCCACAGCCGCCUGGCCGAAAGAAGUCACGCAUGGACCGGCGUUAGAGUGGCCACGGGUUAUCAGUGAUGACUUCCAUGCGUUCCGGAUGACUAGUCGCGCUAUGGCGGUGUUGUAUAUCAUUGGUGUUGGGACGAUGGGCACGGUGUUGUUGGUUAAGGGGGUUGAGGUUGCGACGAGGAAGAAGCAGUAUGGGGUUUUUGAGUUUGGGUUUUUGGUGCUCGGUUCUCUCAGCAUCAGCAUCGCCUCGAUAAUCGCCACAGCACUCGCCUUCGAAUUCGUCGCCCUGAUCAACGCGCAUGGCGAUGGAUCUGGUGUAACUGCCCGGUACGGCGACAAGUUCUUGGGCAUGACAUGGGCGUCGACGGGUUUGUUGAUACUGGGUAGUUUGGUGAGUUUCAAUAAUGUGUUUGCGCAGGCUCCGGCGGCACCUGCGCCGUCGAAGGAUGAGGAGGAGGGUUGA